AUGUUAGACGUCAAGAUCUUCAACGGUGACAACGAUCUAUUGGAUCACUUGCAAACUCCCGAAGUCUGUCGACGUUAUGACAAUCCUCAGUUGGAGGGCUUCACUCGAGAACAAGAGGCGAUGUUGAAGAGCAAGAAAAAAUCAUCUGCAGAAACGGAAGAACAGAAAUGGAAAGCCGGUUACAAGAUUCUUUUCCCACAAGACCAAGACGAUGACAUUCCAAGCCCGUACUAUGAUUACAAUUCUCCCACAGAGAGGUUGCCAGACGAAGCAAAUUUUGCAAAGUACCAAGAGUACUUGAACAGAGAGCUUCCUAGCUAUGUACGAAAGCGACUGCAUGAUACCCUCGACCAGGAUCUCGGUCCCAUGGAAGAAAUCCUCAAACUUCAACUUGUCGACAUUGUUCGCUCAUGCCAAAAAGAGCUCUUCUCAUCGUAUCAGCAAUCCUGUCAGGAUGACCCUGUCGUAAACUCUACUAGAAGAAGUAUAGUCCUGUCCGAAUCGUCGUUAUCGAACGAGUUGCGGCCCUUGUUCGAUCAGCAGCACAUCUCCUCGGAAAGUGCCAAGCCCAUCGGCUCGACAACAGCAGCUCCAACUAUUGCCUAUUCCGAUUCAGCAUACGGCUCACUGCUACUAAAAGGCUCUAGCAGUGUUUAUGAAGGACUGCAAGUUGCCAUGAAAGAACGUGCACCCUUAAAGGGCUACUUCGAGCUUCGAAGUGAAAAGAAAGGCAAAUAUGUUGGCUGGCAGACGGAGAACGCUGAUUCGCCGCCGGCUUGGUCUGCGUGCAGCCCGAGUUGGGACAUCAGCGGGGACACAUUUACGACGGAACCAUGUCAGAGUACUAACAGGCCUUUGAAUAGCGUGGAAACAGAUAUGAACCUACGAUUUCUUAAUGACUUUCCAGAUCCGCAGCCUGAGUUCCGCGAUGGCACCGGCGAGUACCUCGACAUUCGUUUCCAAUUCAAUCGCCGUCUCGAUGAGAGUGACAUUAUGAAGAGCACCGAGCGUUUGAGGAAGCUGAUCGUCGAUCCUGACUUGCCAGUUAGACACAUCUCCUUGAAAAAAAAGUCUUCCUUGGUAGGAGACGUCGUGUUGCACUGGCGGAAGCCGGUCGCGAAUAGGAGAGCAUUGAGUGGUCAGAAAAUGCGACAUACGUCGGUAUCAUCACCUGUCGCCGAAAUGGAAAAUGAGGCAACACCAAAAUCACGCCUGUAUCAUUCUUCGACAAUUCGUUCCUCCAAUUUGGUGAGCGAAUCCGAUCAUGUAGGCUUGCUACCGGUGUCUGGAGCUCGGCCUUGCAGCGUACGAAAAGAGAUUCCGGAUGAGAGCGAUGACAAAAUGUUCGAAGAAGAUAGAACUAUCAGCCAGGAGUCGAUCCUCAAACUCCUUCAAGUGAUCAAACACACGGAGGGCCCUUAUCUCCAACCAGAUCUCGCAGUGAACGGGGUGACAGCUCGGACGAGAGCGCAGACGACAGCUCGGAUGACGACACUACUAGAAACUCUUCAAGGCCGGCGAACGCAUGCCAAUAACAAGACACCGACAAAUCGACAAGCAGGAAACACUACUUCAGAAUCUCCAACGUCCCAGAAGGCUAGCAAUUCCAAGAAACGUACGCACAGUGACCGAGAAUCAGAACAUCCAAAUGACAACGACGAUGAUGAGAGUCCUAGAAAGCGCCCAAAAUUUGGCUCAGAAGUCCCCGAUCGCUCAUCUACCUUAGCAUCAGGGCGAGGCGCAGGAUUCGAGAAUGUGUCACGCGUGAAGUUACAGGCGCACUCAAGACAGGAUCCCGCCUGUGAGGUUCGAGAAUUACACGUAACCCAAGUGGAAGGUUUCACCAAAAAGCAAGAGAAGGAACUCGAGAAAAAGACGUGUCUCUCAGGACCUGCGGCGGAGCUAGACAAGUGGAUAGUGGUGUAUAGGAUACUAUUCCCUGAUGUUCCAAGGGAAGAUAUUCCAAACCCUCGUAAGUCUUACCCUCUCCUACGUUUCACCACCAUCAACAAGAGCGUCAGUAUACUUGCAGCGCCGUCAGACCACGGCGGUGCCUACAGUAGGAUCCGUUACCUUGAAAUCACCAAGCUCACACACUACCAGAUUAUGACCUAUCAGCUGUGUAACGAUAUGAUCAGUAGUCUCUCCCCAGCGUCCGAUAAGUUCGAAAAAUUUGAGGAGUUCUCAGAAAGAGAGUUUUCACGGCUCUUUCGAGCGCAGCUUGAAGCGACUGUUCACCCAGAGAUUCAAGACCUUAGGGAAGCUAUGGGUCAACUUUUCACCGCGUAUCAACGAUUGCCACCUACCACCUCCGCAUCCACGGAACGAACCAUUACAAACACUCGGGGCCAACGGACUCAGCCGCGCGAGUCGCCCGUUGAUUCGAUAAACGAUAGCUCGUCCCGGCGCUUCAUGCCUCCACCACCAGCAAGCCGAUAUCUUCCCGAGUCAACUUUGCCAUGCCCCUUUCAAGCCAACACCACUCGGAAUACCCCAACGUCAGGCACUGCCUCUACCGAGGCUUCUACUCCUGGAUACAAUUAUGUAGCACCCAACUCGUCGAUCAUCCAAGCAUCCCCACGGGCGAAUGCCACUAAUGAAGAAGCAUCCAUUCAUACCGAGAAUACUGUCACGCUGGAGAACGCUUCCAAGAAUUGCGGAGAUCGUGAACCAGACCCCAAUCAAAGUCAAUUGGACCCAAGGGAUCCCAUCCAUACUUCAAUUUACAACGAUCAGAUAAAUGGACAACGACUAUCUCCCAGUGAUAUGUCGCCACUUCCGAGCUCAUUUGAUCUGGCUAAUACCUUCAAAGAGGCGCAAGUCGGCACAGAGCCAAGUCAGAACUCGAACGACGCUCACAGUCUAGAUCAACAGCUGUUCCACCUAGAGCCUUUUAACGAUACGACACCCUUCGCAGACCUCCUAAGCGGUCCAUCUUUGGACUGGGAAUCUUUCCUACGCAAUGAACAUGGCACUCUGGUAUCACCUCCGCCAGUGGAUCUGUAUGGAUUAGAGGGCUCCGAUAACCGUAAUGGCCAGUCGGGUAGUCAUCCCAGAUAGUAUAGCAUGCUCCAAGCGCCCUCAAGGAAACCUUCGUAGUUGCGAUAUCCAAUGAAAUGAUUCACGG